AUGGUGACUCUGCCAUCAACAGCCUAUUAUAAGUUGUUGGCAAUCCGUGGUGUAGACGUCAGCAACAACCCUUGGCAGUGUGACUGUAGGAUGCGUCCCUUUAGACUAAAGAUGACAGGGUCUGGUUCAUUUGAAAAUCAGAUGAUAUGUUUUCAACCAGACAGCCUCAAAGGACAAAGGCUGAAACAUGUCCAUCCUGAAGAUCUGAAAUGUAGGGAGCCAACCAUUGUAAGCUUUCAGAGGGGUGACAGGAACACACUGGCUCAGAAACUGACUCUUCGCUUGGUCUGUCAAGUUUCGGGGACCCCUUCACCAGACGUCACCGUCACCCUCCCAUCUGGACUGAAUGUAACCGCUGAGUCGGGUGGGAGAAUGACUGUGCAGGUGAAUGGUACCACCAGUACAAUCACCAUCACUAACGCUACUUCAGCAGACGCCGGCCUGUACAUCUGCACUGCAGCAAAUCACGGCGGAUCCGCAUUUGCCACUCUGUUUGUUGACGUCCAGUUGAAUACACCCACGGCCACGGCUAACACAAAGACUCCACCUCUUUCUGCAGUACCGGACUAA